UUAACUUACACACAACUCCUCGCGUUUGUUUCGACAUAGAGUAAUAUUUGAAACUGUGCCUUAGUUUUUAUAUUACAACAUUGUGUGGUUUAAAUUAGAUUUUCAAAUUGUAAUAUUGUCCAAAAUAGACAACAAUUCCCUUUGAAUGUAUUUCACACACCCCUCUAAUCACAAUGGGUCUUUCCAACAUGGAUGCCAUCCGCUGACGGUCAUUCAGACACUGCCAGGUCUCUGCCGCACAGCAUCAUGAGUGAGUUAAAGGACUGCCCCCCACUCAAAUACUACGACUUCAAGCCGGUCGAGCAUGUGAAGGUGUGUCCCCGCUACACUGCUGUGCUCGGCCGCUCAGAGGACGAUGGCAUCGGCAUCGAGGAGCUGGACACCCUGCAGCUGGAGCUGGAGACGCUCCUCUCCUCGGCCAGCCGCCGCCUCCGAGCCCUGGAGGAGCAGAGACAGAUCCUCACAGACUGGCAGGACAAGAAGGGAGAUAAGCGUUUCCUGAAGCUGGGAAAAGAUCCAGACCCUGCUGCUUCUUCUCGCCACAAACCGAAAAAGCAGAAGUUGGAUGGCAAAGGCAGUCACGGACCAGGUCCAGGUCCUGGUAGACCUAAAUCCAAAAAUCUCCAGCCUAAAGUCCAAGAGUAUGAAUUCACAGACGAUCCACAAGACAUUCCCCGCACUCCUAAAAAUGAUGCACCAAACAGAUUUUGGGCAUCAGUUGAACCAUAUUGUGCUGAUAUCACUAAUGAAGAGAUACGGUUGCUAGAGGAGCUUCUGAAACCACCAGAGGAUGAAGCAGAGUAUUUCAAAACUCCAGCGUUAGGGAAACACUACUCACAGCGGUGGGCUCAGGAGGAUCUGCUGGAGGAGCAGAGGGAAGGAGCACGAGCCAACGACAAGAAAAAGAACCUGAUGGGGGGGCCGCUGUCUGAGCUGGAUGCAAAAGACGUGGACUCCCUGUUGAAAAAGUCAGAGUCCCAGCAUGAAUCUCCAGAAGAUGGAUGUCCCUUUGGUCCUCUCACACAGCGUCUGCUUCAGGCUCUCGUAGAGGAGAACAUUAUAUCCCCCAUGGAGGAUUCUCCUAUACCCGACAUUUCAGGGAAGGAUGCAAAUGAUGGAGCUGGGACUUCUCCUCGAAGCCAAGGAAAAGCUUUUAGUGUUCCCCACACACGUUCUCUGGAGGCUCGAAUUAAAGAAGAGCUGGUGGCUCAGGGGCUGCUGGACUCUGAGGAACGACCCGGAACAGGAGGAGACUCUGAGGACGAGGUCAUGGCAGAGCUGCAGAAGAGACAGGCAGAGCUCAAAGCCCUGAGUGCUCACAACAGAUCCCGUAAGCAGGAGCUGCUCAGGUUGGCAAAAGAGGAGAUGCGCAAGCAGGAGCUGAGGCAGAGAGUCAGGGUGUCUGACAACGAGGUCAUGGAGGGAUUUCGACGAAUCAUGGCAGCCAGGCAGAAGAAACGCACUCCAACCAAAAAGGAGAAGGACCAGGCCUGGAAAGCACUGAAGGAGAGGGAAAGCAUCCUCAAGCUACUGGACGGAUAGAGGAAGGAACAGUUUGUUUCUGGUGUUAUCCAGAAGAAAACGCUGGAAGAUUGACACAGAGUAGAACAGCUGUGACAGCUGUUACACGCUCAGUGAACAGCUAUGAUGGCGUAUGAUACAGGUUACUGCAGGUCUGCCUGAUAUUUGUGUUGUAGUUUUUAUGUCAUGUACAGCAAAAAGCUCAUUGAUCAGUAACCUUUAGUACACAUCAGAGAUGACUUCUCUUAUUUUUUUUGUUCUUUGUCAGUUGAAUUUUUAUGUUUUUUUAAUUUUGUUUAUCAUUGUAAUGCUAUGAAAACAACACACAUGAAUGUUUGAAUAAAUCACCACUUAAAGACUUGAAGUUUU